AUGUUCACUCAGCCACACGAUAAAGAAGUGUUCCGAGACAGCGCCUUCAACAGAACAAACAACGUCCCAUCGCUAAGCAGCAAAAUACAGCAGACAACGGAUAAGAUAGAUAAACACGCACGAGAGCAGGAAGUGUUCAGCAGGCUUCCCUCCAUUCCUGACAUUAUCGAACAGGACAGAAACAGAAGAGAGCCCAGAAUAUCUCCUCCUCUGUCCAUAAACUCAGACAUACCGUACGAUGCAGAUCCUUCUUCUUCUUCGCAGAGUCUCGUGCGGUCUACGAUGUACGUAGUGCCAGCAGACGAAGACCUCUUUGAGCUCGUGGGCCUUCCUUUCCUUGUUGUUUUACAGCCCUUCAACGACGCAGUGCCUGUGCCUGAAUACAAAACAGCCUAUUUAUCGAGAUGCAAAGAGUGCAGCUCGUUUCCCACGCCAUCCGAGAAUGUCUCGUUCCAGUACAAGUGCACAAUGUGCGGCACCAUGAACGAGAUACAGCCAGAGUGCCCCUCCCUGCAGGAGCAUACAACAGAAUACGUAUGUGAGGGUGACGCACUGAAAAAUGGAAGAAGCUGGUACUCCUCGGAUAAUAUUCCAAAAUCAGAAAUAUCUCUGCCAUCUUGCCGAAAAUGGAAUGAGCCAUCUGUUAUUUUUAUGAUCGACUGCACAACUGUCUCCCGGGGUAGCCCAGGGUACUCUGAGUACAUCGAUGGACUGCGCACUAUCCUUGCAUCCAGUGAGCUUUCUUUGUUCUACAGGAGAGUUGGAAUCCUUUUGAUAAAUGAUGCAGUUUCUGUCGUAUCAGAUAGUGAGCUAGGAUACUCUGUCAAUGUUAUAUACAGCGUAAAGGGUGACUACGGCCUGUGUGCCCCGCUCUUCAUAGAAACAGACAGCCUUACAGAAGAAAGAGUAAAUACUCUCAUGGAAACAAUUGAAACACACUCGAAUAUUUCAUCGGGAUCAUUCAACGUGCCAGGAGCACUCAUUGCCGCAAUCCAAAUGACAGCAUACACAGGAGGAAGCAAAACCAUUGCAUGGCUGGGGUCAGGAGAGUAUGCAGAUGUGCCUGAGCCACUCCACCAGACAAUGAUAGACUGCGGAGUGUCUCUGCACGUAUUUACAUCGAGGAGCAGCAAAAUAGACAAAAUGCACAAUACUGUGUUUACAACAGGAGGAUCGGUGGAGAGAGACCAAAUAACCUCAGGAAUGAUGGGAAAGGUGCUGCAGGAGUCUUAUUUCAGGUGCUCGAUUAGAGUGGUAAGCAGCAAUGGAAUAAAAAAGAGAGCAGUGUACUGCAGCGGAUCCUCUGAGAAUAUUUCUACGGUCUCUUUCCCCGGGAUGGACUCAUCCACGUCUCUAGCUGUUAGUUUUUCAGUUGAAGAUUUUCUCAAAGAGGGCAUACCUGUUUACAUACAGGCAAUUGUUGAGUACGUUAAUCUGUCGGGAGAGGGAAGGGUCAGAAUUAUCAAUAUGAAGCUGAGAGCCAGCAGACUAAUACAGCAAAUAUUCAGCGGGCUGUCUAUGGACACUUUAUUCUGCGGCAUGUGCAAGUAUAUAUGCUCAGAGCCAGUGAAAAUAGUAGAUAAUGUAAGAAAGGCAGAGAGCUCAAUGAUCAGUGCGCUCUCUCUUUAUAAGAGAGCCUGCGCCAAAGACACUUCGCCUACACAGCUCGUGCUCCCUGACUCUAUCAAAGGGCUGCCUGUUCUCAUACAGAGCAUUCUUAAAUAUCCUAGGAUACAGCUAGGUGUGGGAAUGCGUGCUGAGCUAGCGGGAGAGAUCAUGCCCCUUUCAGUAGAUAGGACCUUCAGGAUGUUCUACCCGCGGCUUGUCAAAAUAUCUUCACUCUUCACAGUUGGGCGCAUUGAUGAUCUCCCAGGGGAGAGACUUAGCAUGCGCACGCUAGAUGACAAUGAGAGCUAUUUAAUGGAUGCAGGCGGCAAGUGCAUCCUGUGGUUUGGUAAGGGCGCUGUGGACUACAUGGAUGAAAUGGUGGAAAAUGAGGUGGUGUUAUCUGCGCUCGAAAGACUGAAGGAGAUGUAUGGUGUAGAUCUAAAAGUAACGCAGUGCAUUCAGGGAGAAAUGGAUGCUGACUUCAUUGGGUAUAUGAUAGAAGACCAAAUGGGAGGAUAUCCCAAGUAUCAGGAGUACCUGGGGUUCCUGCAUGGGAAGAUAGUUAAAAAAUAA